GGUUUUUAGGACCCUGCAUACCAGACACUUGCAAAAGAGUCCUGAAACUUCCCAGCAUUUUUUCAGAGCCUGUUGCUUAUUCAUUCAGACCAGAAGCAAAGACAUUCAGCCAAGACAUUCAGCCAAGAGUAAGCAGGAUCAACUGGCGUCCCCUGCGAUGGGCAAAGCAGCAACGUGAAGACGACAACCAAGAGCAAGAAAUAGACAAGGAACAAAACUUUCCAGGCUCUCCUGAGUUCUCAAGAGACUCGUUCAUCUGCCUCUCUCCCUUUCUCUUUCUCCUCCAACAAGCUCAACAUGAAGCUUGCGGGAGACCCCUGGAGCAGCUUCAAACAAACAGGGAAUGGACAGAGUUGAGACCGAUUCACCUAAAGAAGAAGAGAAGGCAGCGGAGAAAGAGAAAGGGGACAAGCUGUUGCCACAGGCCCUCCAGGCUGCUCUUCCACGACUUCCUCCCGUCAAAAACACCCAUCAAGGUCAUUGAUCCCUUUCAUCACCAUGGCACCUCUCAGCUUCUGGGACCUGUGGGCUUUGAUGGGCUUUGGGGCUGUCCUGCUGGUCCGGGGGCAACAUCCACAAGGCAGCAACGUAGACGCCGGUCGAUGGAGGCAGAUGAUCCAGUGGGAGAACAACGGCAGAGUGUAUAGCCUCCUGAACUCAGGCUCCGAGUAUGUCCCGGCCAGCCACACAAGGGCAGACAGCAGCGCAAGGGUCAUGCUGGCUGACGCUGCUGCCAGCCAAAGCAGCAGAAGGGUCCCGGGGAACACCCGGCGGCAGGCUCCCACCUUGCCAGUCCGGGCAGGAUCCGAUACCAUCCGGGGCCAGACACGGCAUCCGUUUGGCUUCGGACAGGUCCCUGACAACUGGCGGGAUGGGGCCACCGGGGACGGUCACUCCAACUCUCCACGUCCCUGGUCGCCCACCUAUCGGCAGCGUCAGGUGGGCUCCUCUUCCUCCUCUUCCUCCUUUGCACAUUCCUCAUUUGGACAGCUCUACCCGCAGGCCUCUUACCCCCAGCCACAGCCGCCGUUUGCCAACCAAUAUGAGGCCUACGACCCGCAGGUCCCCCGUGCGUACGACGAAAGCUACACCUACUACCGCGCCACGGGAACCGGAGGGGGUGCUGUCGCCGCAGCGGCAGCCAGCGCUGGGGUCGUCUACCCUUUCCAGCCCAGGGUGAGAUACGAGGAACAUGCUGAGGAGCAGAACCCCUACAGAGCCCAAGGAUACUACCCGGCGCAGGAAAGACCCUAUGUCCCUGUGCCCCAACAGCUACAGCCCUCGGACGGCUUAGACCGAAGGUACUCACACAGCCUCUACCAUGACACUGGGACUAGCUAUGACCAAAGUGUCCAGGACCCUUAUGCCCAGAACCAGCAGUCUGCGGGGCAAGGGGUGCCUGUGGCAGACAACUUGCACAUCAACUCGGGGUCCCCCGUGAGUGCUGGGACCAGGUAUGGGAACGAGCCGUGGGCAGGGCAGUACCCUCCCUUUGGAGAGGCGCCCGCAGAACCCUACGUCCCUCCCCGCAACGUGGAACCUCAGCCACCUUUCCGGCCCUUAGACCCCCAUGGGGUGCCUAGGCCAGAGCCCUACCUUCCCAUCCGGAACGCUGAGCCUCCCCAACAGAUUCCAGACAGCCAAGGUGUAAACCAGGCCCGGGUCAGCGUGGGCAGCAUCUACCGGCCCAAUCAGAAUGGACGGGGUGAGUCACGGACCCCAAUGAUUGGCGGGAGGGGUGCUGGGGAGGAGAGGAAGCAGUGGGUUGUGGGGUGAUUCCUUUCUGUAGACCUCUAGGGACGAGGCGGUCCAAGAAAGAACCUUCAGCACCUUGUCUUAGCUUGAAUCCCUCCUACUCUUCUUAAGGAGACCAGCUAGGAAAUCCCAUAUCUUCUGGUAAAGAUGCAUGAGCAAUGAGCCGCAAAGCUACUUGAGCUGCAUAUAGCUAUAGGGUCUAGGAGAAGAGGUUCUACUUCAAACUGGGGCAUAUUUGUGCCAUAGCUUCCUGAAAAUGUGAAACAGUUGUGUUGGUGUGCAGGGCCUUCCCCUGUGGAGGCUGUGCCAUUGCCAUUAUCUUACUCAUUUGUUGGUGGCUCCUGCCAAGUUAACCUAAUCGGCUAAUGGCAUUGUUUCUGGAAAUCUCUUCAGAUGACACCAAGUUGGGCAAAAACAGGGAUGGGAAACUGAUGGACCUCUGGAUAUUGUUGGACUACAAGUUCCAUCACCUGUGACAACCAGCUGCGCUGGCUGGGGUAAAUGGGAAUUGGAGUCCAACAACACCUGGAAUGCCACAGGUUCUCUAUUCCUGGGCAAAAGCAACUGAUAGCUAAUUCCUAAUAAUUUGUAUGGGAUUUGCAUAGGGGAGAGUUCCACCUAGAACAGGCAUCCCCAAACUUGGCCCUCCAGAUGUUUUGGGACUACAACUCCCAUCAUCCCUAGCUAACAGGACCAGUGGUCAGGGAUGAUGGGAAUUGUAGUCCCAAAACAUCUGAAGGGCUGAGUUUGGGGUUGCCCUAGAACGUCUGCAGACACUGGGAAAAUGCAGGGACAAUUUGGGCAACCAGAAUAUUAUGGUUAAGACUAAGGGAAAGCAAACGUGUCUUCCAGAUGUUUAGGCAACUCCCAUCAGUCUCAACUAUCAUUGUCAAUAAUCACAGAUGAUGGGAGUUUUAGUCUACAGAAUUUGCAGGGCAUAUUGGCUACCCCUGGUUCAUAGGAUCAGAAACAAGCCACAAGUGCAAGCACACUUUUCCUACUCCCUUCAUUUCUGAUGUGUGACUUCCCUUGCAGUUUCCUGUUUCGCAUUAGCUGCAGUUUUCAGUUUCCAACAUCCAAACCGAGAAAACACAUUUGCUAUUGCUAGGAUUGCUGUUUAUUUCUUUCAUAACAAUUUCUACUUGCGUGGUGGUUAUUAUUUUUUUAAAAACCUCAGAGUGGUUUACAAAGAGAAUAAGACAAUAACACGAUCAGUAUACCGUAUAUCAGUAUAUAAAAUUAUCAGCAACUAUUUAAAACAUUAAAAAAUGGCAAUAAAAUAAAAACAGAUUAAAACAUGCAUAGGCAUUCCACAUGCCUGGGUAGACUUGUCUGAACAAAAAUGUUUUUAGCAAGUGCUGAAAGGCACAUAGCAAAGACACCUGUCUGAUGUUGUGGGGAAUGUGCCAGAAAUUCAACAGGCAUAGCUUUCCCCUGUACUAGAUAUAGGGAGAGGGGCAGAGAAGCUGCCAUUGUUAAUCUUGCCCUGCCUGCCAUGCAACUGGCUGGACAGGGUUAGGGAACCUCAGGCCUGGGGGACCAAAUGAGGCGAACUGAGCUUCUCUGUUUGGCCCUUGGGUUGCUCCCCAGGCCACACAUCCACACACCUGAGCCACACACCUGAGCCACAUCCAUCACUUGCCCUGCUUUGCACCUUGCGUGAGCAUUUCUGCCUGGCUGGAGCAUCUCCUUGAAACUUCGACCAUGCUACUCGUUUGCCCAGAUGGAGGGUAGAGAGGGGUGGGUGAGUGUGAAGAAACUGGCCCACCCUACAAAGGUAAGAUUUGCCUGCAUUGCUCUGUCCACUUUUGCCUCUGUCCCACUAGAGAUGGGAGAGAAAUCAGAUUCAGUUCACAUUUAAAGCCAAUUUAUCAAAUUGGUACUUUCGAGACCUGAAGCACAGCCCUCUUUCAAAAUCAGCAGUGCUCCGCAUUUUGCGAUGCGGUUCUGCAACCCAACAUUUACAAAAAUGCAUACUCUAUCAGGGUGGAAAUGUGCAUAAAAUUAAUAUAUCAGUGAGAGUCACAGACAAAAGACAUUGCAUUACAUUCCUCAGAAUGCAAGCAAAAAAUGUGUUCACUGGGGGAAAGCUGCACAAAAAGAUGGGAGAAUUUUCAGGAGGAUUUACAGAAGUUGUUGCAGAAAUCUGGAGAAGUGCAGACUGGAAAAAUGAGAAACAGAGAGAGAGCCAAAACGGACUGAUCCUUCCAUUCCUAGUCUCCACCUACAACUGAUAUGUGACCCCCCCCCCCAUAAAAAAGUUGCCCAGAAGGGAAGGUGACCCUCGGGUUUAAAAAGCUUCUCCAACUGACUUGUGAAAAACAAAGGAGGCUAAGACCCUUAGCACUAUAACACACACACACAAAAUCCACCCUUCUCCCUUUCCUGGCCACAAAGAAGGCAGUUUCUGCACGAACUGUAGAGGAAAAUGAGGGGGAAAUGGGGCUCAUCACCCUGGGAAAAUAGCCCAUCUAGGAAAAGGAAAACGCUGAUCCUAAAACUCUGCUGCCUUGUGGCUAUACUCAUCCCAUCUUUGGGAGAAGAAAAGAUUAAGGACUAAACCCAACACAAAUUCAGAGUGUAGUCCCUAAGCAGUGGCAGAGCUUCAUGUUCCGGUACCGGGAGGGAGCAGAGAGCAGGUGGGGGCGGGGCUGGCACGCGUCCUGGGGCAUGGCACGCCACCCACAGGGGCAUGGUGCGCAUCCUGGGGGCGUGGCAUGCCGCCUGCGGGUCGUGGCGCCUAGCACGGGGGGGGGCAGCCACAAUGGCUCUCCACCAGGAUCACGCUGCGGGGGGUGGUACGCUCCCCCUGCAGUCCUCUUCCUCCCCCAGUGUCCCUAAGGCAGUUGGACGGCAACUUGUAUCCCUCCUUUUGGCAACUCCUGCAGCCCAGCUAGUGUCAAACGUCUCGCUCUGCUUUUCUUUGGACCACAUCUGCCUAUUGUUGGAGUCAAUAUGUCCCUGAAUGCCUGUUGCCAGCAUGGGCAUAGCCAGGAUUUGGGGGGCCAGAACUGAUGUGAUUGGUCAGUUAGUUUAGUAUUUCUAUGGUUUUACUUGAUUUUGAGGGUGGGCAGCUGCCGCCCCCUUGGCUACACUCAUGAUUGUCAGGAGUCACAAAUGGGGAGCACGCUUUUAUGCUCAGGUCUUGCUUGCAGACUUCCCAUAGGCUUUCGGUUUGCCACUGUGAGAACAGGACGCUUGUCCGGAUGGGUCCAGCAGGGCUUUUCUUGUGUCCUGAACUUAUGGAACUUUCUUAGCUCUGCAAAGCCAGCACCAAUUACUUUUUCUACAGGGGAAUGUGCAAAGAACAUGUGCCUACAGCCUGAGGCUGUGUCUGAAGAUCUGUGGGUUGUGGUAGUGAUCGGCCCUUCACCAUCUUGCAUGUGGUCUAUUCAUUUCCUCUGCAAUAACUCCAUCCUCUGCUUCUUUAAAAGCCAAGAGGGUGAUGUUUCUUUGGUUUGUUAAAGAUAUAGUAGGAAACCAGGGUUGUCCUACAGUGUAUUAUUAUCAGUUGGAAGCACAGUAGCUGCAGCUUGCAAAAUGUCAGGCAUUGCAUGAUGACUUACACCACAAGUGUAUAUAGCUUAUUCAAAAGUGAGGCCCACUAUGUUCCAUGGGACUUACUCCCAGGGAAGUGUGCAUAGAAGACUAUUUUGCAGCUUACAUGCAUUUGCCCAAAGAUGGAAAACUUGUGGCCUUCCAGUUGCUGUUGAACCAAAACACCCAACAGACCUGGCCUGUUUGACUAAUAGUCAGGGAUGAUGGGAGCUGUAGUCCGGGAACAUCUGGAGGGCCACAGGUUCCUCAUCCCUGCAUUUACCUAUGUACCCAGUCAAAUUCACCCUUAUCUGGAAGAAAUCCCAUGGGAUUCAAUGGGGCUUACAUCCCAGUAGACAUGUAGAUAAUUGCACCAUUAAAAGUUAAAGGGACCCCUGACCAUUAGGUCCAGUCGUGACCGACUCUGAGGUUGCGGCGCUCAUUUUGCUUUAUUGGCCGAGGGAGCCGGCGUACAGCUUCCGGGUCAUGUGGCCAGCAUGACUAAGCCGCUUCUGGCGAACCAGAGCAGUGCACGGAAACGCCGUUUACCUUCCCGCCAGAGUGGUACCUAUUUAUCUACUUGCACUUUGACGUGCUUUCGAACUGCUAGGUUGGCAGGAGCAGGGACCGAGCAAUGGGAGCUCACUCCGUUGCAGGGUUUCGAACUGCCGACCUUCGGAUCGGCAAGUCCUAGGCUCUGUGGUUUAACCCACAGCACCACCCGCAUCCCUUUAUUGCACCCUUAUCCGCCACCAGUGCUUGAGAACAGAGCUGGACUUUGGACACUGACAGCUAUAGCUAACAAAAUUGAACCAGUACCUUGGAAGGCCCCAGGUUUACCAGAAGAGGCUUGUUACGUCUGAACCGGAGAGAAUUCCUUUCACGGUGCAACAAGACCAUGCCAGAACUGUGCUUGAGGCAGGGCCAGCCUUUGGCUCUCUUUUUCUCUCCCAAGGCCUGGUGCCUCCUGAUUAGAUAACCCCUAGCACCGGAGUCACAAACUGUCUCUCAGACUGGUGGGAAAUCCCAGCGGUCCAUGAGGAUGCCAAGCUCCGAGCAUGUUCCUGAGAUUAGACCUCCUCCUCGGAGUGCACUCCACGUUUCGUGCAAGCAAGAGUGAACAAAAGGCUAAUUUCAUUAGCUUGACCUCAUCUGAUUUGGGCCUGGCUCCAAGAGCUCUAGAGGCUAAAGGGAGCCAUGAGUGUGAAUAUCCUUGUCAGCUCUCUCUGACAUAUGUUAGCUUCUCUAAAAUAAAAACAAACUCCUACUUUACUCCCCUUCGUUCCACUGGUACUGCCCUUUGCACUCUCCUCCCUAUAUUAGCUCACACCAGUUAGGGAUGAUGCAAACCUUUCUCUUCAAUCAAGCCCUGAGGAGAAUUCAGCUGUUCAGCAGAAUUCAGAUUACAGGAUGUGAAGCCAGGUCUGUCUUCAAUGAGUCGCACUCCUGAAUGCCCCUGUAUUUUUUUUAUUUAUUAUCAAUUAACUGAGUACAGUGGUACCUUGGUUUACAAACUUUAGCUGUUCCGGAAGUCCGUUCUUAAACCAAAGUGUUCUUAAACCAAGGUGUGCUUUCCCAUAGCAGCGGGGGACUCAAUUUACAAAUGGAGCACACUCAACAGGAAGCGAAACAUGUUCUGCUUCCAAGACAAAGUUCACAAACCGAAACACCUACUUCCGGGUUUGCAGCGUUCUUAAUCCAAGUUGUUCAUAAACUAAGCUGUUCUUAAACCAAGGUGCCACUGUACCGUUAUCAGACAUCUCAUCACCAAGGUUCUCUGGACAUUGAACCAUUUGUUAUAAACAGACCCAAAUAUAAAACAUUGACAGAUCACUGUUCAGAAACCCAGCCUUUGUCAAACCAGAGCUGAGCAGAGUUCAUUCCAUUGCAGCCUGAUUCAGCAGAGCUUUUCUUAUGUCCUGAACUUAUGGGACUUUCUUAGCCCUAAUGCAGAGAGUCCUAAAACAUCAAUGUAGAGCUAAAACACAACAUACAGCAGAGAUGUGCAGCCUGUGGGCCUCCAAAAGUUGCUGGACCACAAUUCGCAUCAUCCCUGAUCAUUGGCCAUGCUGUCUGGGGCUGAUAGGUGGUAGCUCAGUCGGUAAAGCAUGAGACUCUUAAUCUCAGGGUUGAGGGUUCAAUUCCCAUGUUGGGCAAAAGAUUCCUACAUUGCAGUGGGUUGGAUUAGAUCAAGGGUCAGCAAGAUUUAUCUUGCCUGGGCCAGAUCGGUCCCACAGAGAUCCCUCUGUGGGCCAGAUUGCGCACAUGCGUGAGUUGCCCAGAAAAGUAUAAUUUAUUCAAUAAUUACAGAGAGAGGCUAUAGAACCCAGCCUCCUGGAUAACGGUGCUGUCCCGAGUGAAUCUCCACCCCCGUCUCUCCCAAUUCCUCAUUCGUCACUUCUACGGGUGUUGCUACGUGCCCUCUGUCUUUGAGCUCUUUGCUCUCCUACUUUCAAGGCUCGCCAGGCUCUGGGAGAGGGUGGAUCUGGAAUGCUUUCUCAAGGCACCGUGUCCAUCAGCUGCCGCUCUGCUUAUGUCCCAUCCUCCUCCUUCUCUCCCAUUAUUUCCCAUCUUUUCCAUCAUCUGCCUCUGAGCUGCGACCUCUGCAACUCCUGUUGUAAAUCUAAACUGUCUUCCUCUUCCUCCUUCCUGGAGAGAUCAGGCUGGAGAGGCAGUCUCCACCAUUCCUUCUAUGCCCAGUCCCUGACUAAUAAUAAUAAUAAUAAUUUAUACCCCUCCCAUCUGGCUGGGCUUCCCCAGAUGUACAUCAAAGGCAGGCUGAGGUUGAGGGGCAGGGCCCUGUGUGCAGUGGUGGGUCAGCCUGGGUGGGUCAGUAGGGGUGUGGAACCUACAGCCCUCAGCCUAGUUUCUGGCAGCCUGAAUUUUAAGCACUCCAGAGAGGCAAGGAGGCAAAUACAGUGGUACCUCAGGUUACAGACGCUUCAGGUUACAGACUCGGCUAACCCAGAAAUAGUACCUCGGGUUAAGAACUUUGCUUCAGGAUAAGAACAGAAAUCGCGCCGCCGCGGCGGGAGGCCCCAUUAGCUAAAGUGGUACCUCAGGUUAAGAACGGACCUCCGGAACGAAUUAAGUUCUUAACCCGAGGUACAACUGUAGGAGGGAGAGGGCUUUACAAUCCAGCAACGUUGCAAACCCUGCCCAUUUUUUACUCUGGCACCACCCACUGCCAGCAUGCAGUCUUCAAUAUAAGACAGAGAGUGGGGUGGGGGGGUGAGCAGUGCUGGACAGGGGUGGGGGGAGAAAUAAAGUUUCCCCACCCCCUGUUCAUCGUGUGCCAGGUCGUAUCAAAACAAGCCUGGACAUCUUGCCAAAGAGUUUAGGAACCAUGGAGAAAGCAAACAAACAAACAAUGGAACUUUUGAGGCUAUGAAAAGGAAAGAUUAUUAAAUGCAACCUUACGAAGCAAUAGGGGAAAUCUUCACAUCUUGAAAGGCUUAUACGGGAGACAGCAAACAGGAAGCAAGAGCAGGACACAAUUGUUUCUCCCCAACAGGGACGGAACAGCAGCAGGAAACUCCUGACUCCACCCAGAAACAACUAGGUCUAGGGCCACCUAGUGGCUAAGCUAUAUAACAACAGUAUCCACACACCGCUCCUUUCAUUUGCAACGUUCCUUCAUUCAAACCUUGAAAGCACAGGAAGUUCAAACCAGCCAGGACAUACAUUUGAUAUUUCUUCCACACUCUCUUGCACGUUGGUAACAUUCAAUAGCCCGAGAGUCAAAAACAUUCAUUCGGUGUUUUGCCAUGAGAAGCAUCAUUUUAUUUGUUUAAUAGGAUUUUUUAAUAUUAAAAAAAUUGAAAGCAUUUUUUAGAAGCAUCUCCUCACAAAGUAGCAAACAUGGCAUGCAGCAGCAAACCAAAUUAAAAUCUUCAAAUGUCUAAACAUCAAAUUGGGUAACACAGAGGGAAAAACCAAGAAUUUGGCCAGCACAAUUAAAAGCACAAUAUGGAUAGUGCUACCUAUCAGUAGCCUGCUUAAAAUCACUUCAUAAAAGUGUAAACGUGUUGACUGGUACCCAUUAAGACUGGUAGAGAAGAAGACAGGGAGCCCACCAGUUGGUGGCACCAGAGCCAAUGACAGGCAGAGACAACUAAGUCUAAUUUGGUCCAUAGCCUCCUUCCUGCUGAGAUCUAGGAGGCCAACACUGAGACCAAAGAGGAGGAAAUUAACAGGCAGGGCAACUCCUGGACAGGCUGUAAGUAAGAAGGCAGGCAGGUAGGGCCUGGCUGAGGGCAAACUGAAGUUGGUGAAGCAGUAUCCCAUUUUUUCCUAAUGAACCAGCCUCUACUUCAUGACAGACGAAAUACUGUAGACGACAGCUGAGGAAGGAAGCUCUACAGAACAGAGAUUGCAUGGAGAAUGUCUACACAUGUCCAAAAUGUGUGGAUGUAGACUGUAUAUAGGUAGAUGAGCUUAACAACAUGUGGAAAAAUAUUAUUAUUAUUAUUAUUAUUAUUAUUAUUAUUAUACCCCACCCAUCUAGCUGGGUUUCCCCAGAAACUCUGGGCAGCUUACAGCACAUAUAAAACAUAGGAAAACAUUAAGACUUCACAAUACAGAGCUGCCUUCAGAUGUCUUCUAAAAUUCAGAUAGUCGUUUAUUUCCUUGACAUCUGAAGGGCGGGUGCCACUACCAAGAAGGCCCUCUGCCUGUUUCCCUGUAACUUUGCUUCUCACAGUGGGGGAACAGUCAGAAGACCCUCAGAGGAGGACCUCAGUGUCCGGGCAGAAUGACUGGGGUGGAGACGCUCCUUCAGGUAUACUGGGCAGAGGCCAGAAUGGGCUUGAUGCUUAUCUAUCCUUCCAUGCAUUAAUUAUCCCCAUCUGUGCAGGGCUCUAAUCAGUCCAUCCAUACUUCAAACAAAUUCCUAACAACAUAUUAAAACCAGCACCAUUAUGGCAAUUCAGCUCUCAGAACUAAUAUACAGAUCAGAGUUGCUGUUGCUGCUUUUUUUUUUUUUGUCCUUCUACUGUGGUUGCAUUUUUCUUUAAACUUUUUCUCUUCCUUGCGUCCAUUAACUGGCCACUGAGAAGCUGAGCUCUCGCAAGGAGCUCUGAAUUGACAUAGCAGGUUAGCUCUUGCAAAGCUGAUCUUCUGUAAGCCUGCAGGAACAGCUUCCUCGGAAAAACGAAAAGAGCAACACCACAGAGCCACAAGGACAGUGGAUCAGAUCGAAAGCGACCUAAAACCUAGACCAGGCCCUGCAGUGGUAAUCUACCAUUUUAAAAGAAAACACUUGCCUUCUAUAUUCAAGCCUGACCCAAUGACCAACAGACGCAUUCUGCUUGAAGCUGCCUGCCUUCUCUGCAGCCUCCACAUGUCUCUGAUUAGAUUUAUUUUCAUUUUAUUUCCGUAUAUGUACGAGGAUCACUUAGCAACAGCUUGGCUUUGCAUAUUUGUCUUGGAUUCCCACCGGGAUUUUGAUUCACCGCGUGGGCGUUGGGGUGAUUUUUGUGUGUUCCCCAACCCCUCUUUUUCCCAUUUGCAAGUUGGUCUGAAUCUCAGACCCUGGGAUACUGGCGGCAAGAUAACCAGGUCUCUACAUUCCUUCCCUGUUCCCCAUAUGCUCACUUAAAGUGGAUGGCGAUUCCUUGGGUUUCUGCUAAGAGAGGUAACACCAAGGUCCUGACCCAGGGUGCCCCGAAAAAUUCCUUGACAGUUUUCGCAGGAGGGAGAGAGGGAAUCUGCGUCUCUUGGACGCUUUUCCAUCUGAGUAAUUCGUUUCUGGCUUAUCGGAAAUUCCCCGGGCAGUUCCAAUUACCAAACUUCUUCUCCUAUAAACAAUAUUUGCAAAGCACUGCUAACACAGAAGAGCUGUCCAUUCCACUUAAGAAGGGGCUGGGCUUAACAUGCCCAGAUGUUCCCAGGCUGUAUAGGAACCCAACAGUGCCCAAGCCUCAUUAAGUGAGACCAGAGAAACUGGCUUUUAGGGCCCUCUUCCCACAAAAAGCCUCCCCUGUCUUGAAAGGCAAAGAGUAUCAGAAACUGCCUUAUAAAGAUGCACACACACCAUAAAUUUAAAGCCCAUCUAAAGCACAUGCAUUCCGCUAGAGAAUCCCAGGGAGAGCAGUUUAUCUCUCACAGAGCUACAGUUCCCGGCACCCUUAGCAAACAGCAAUCCCCAGGGCUUUGGGGGGAAAGUCAUGUGCUUUGAACAUAUGGUGUGGGCACAGGCAGAGUCUGACAACUGGUCCGUGUAGCAUAGUAAGAUCUCGCCCUGACCUAGCCACUGUGAUCCACGCGACGGUCACCUCCAGACUGGAUUAUUGUAACUCGCUCUACGUGGGGCUGCCCUUGAGACUGACCCAGAAACUCCAGCGGGUGCAGAAUGCUGCAGCGAGACUCCUUACAGGGUCUUCACUGCGAGAUCACAUUCAUCCGGUACUAUACCAGCUGCACUGGCUCCCGGUGGUGUACAGAAUCAGGUUUAAGGUGCUGGUUUUAACCUUUAAAGCCCUAUACGGCCUAGGACCCUCGUACCUACGGGACCGCCUCUCCUGGUAUGCCCCACAGAGGAACCUACGGUCUGCAAAUAAAAACAUCCUGAAGGUUCCAGGCCUCAGAGAGGUUAGGCUGGCCUCAACUAGAGCCAGGGCUUUCUCGGCUGUGGCUCCAAUCUGGUGGAACGCUCUGUCACAAGAGACUAGGGCCCUGCGGGACCUGACAUCUUUCCGCAGGGCCUGCAAGACAGAGUUGUUCCACCAGGCCUUUGGUCAGGGCCCAGCCUGACUCCCUCCUCUGGCAACCUGCACAGAAUUUUGCUCAACGGUUGCCAUUAAUUUGAUUUUAAUUAAUUUUUAUAAUGAAAUGUUUUUAGAAUGUUGGAUUAUUUGAUUGUUUGAUUAUUUGAUUGUUGUUAGCCGCCCUGAGCCCGGCUUCGGCUGGGGAGGGCAGGAUAUAAAUAAAAUUUAUUAUUAUUAUUAUUAUUAUUAUUAUUAUUAUUAUUCCAAUGCAAAUCACCCUGUGCAAGUAAGCCUAAUUAAUCUAAAUUAGCCUAAUUUCCAGGGGGGGAAAUCUACACAUCCUUCCCUCCCACCCCAAAAACCCACAUCACUGGUCUUCCUUCUUCCAGAUCCACCGACUCCAGUCCAUUCCUACCUGCUCCCAGUUUCCCAUUUCCCCCCAAAAUCAACAGUCGACAUUAGAGGAAGCCCCGUGGUUCAAUGGCAGAGUAUCUGAUUUGCAUGCAGAAGGUCCCAGGUUCCAUUCCUGGCAGGUAGGGCUGGGAGAGAGCCUUUCCUGAAAGCCCAGACAAUACAAUGGACCAAUGGUCUAUGUAUAAGGCAUCUUCUUGUGUUCUUGUGUGGCAACUGCCCAUGCUCAGUCUUUGUUAGGCUGCCUUUGCAGGUUCCCCCAAAAGCAGUACUCCUGAAAACCUUUGGCAACCCCCAACCGAUGGGCAUGGUUGGUGCUGUUUCACAGUUUGGCACAUCGUUUUAACUGAGUACCCUCUGGGCUUUUAAAUUAGCAGAAGAGAGGCUAUGUCAGUGUACCAUACAGUAGGUGGAAUACAGCCUAUAGCAGGGUGAAAUAGCAAGCCAGGGCAUCUUGUUGGAUCCUUCAUUGAAGACCAGGGUUGUUAUAUAAGCACAUUUUCACCUGUAACACGUUGGGGGUCCUGGUUGAUUGCUACCAAGCUGUCAUAGCAAAACCAGGAACUGAUGGCUCCAAUACCAAUCCAGGAAGAAUGCAGGGCAUUUAGAUGUCAUGCAUACUGCACAGGAAUCCAGCUUUCUCCUGCCUUCUGUUUCCAACCAGUUAUCACAGGAAUGGGAAACCAGAACUCUGGCCCACUGGUUAUGCCUUGGUCCCUGAAUGGUUUCUCAAAAGUUUUGAAACAUCUAGCUCAGCACUGGGACAUGGGUGGCGCAGUGGUCUAAACCACUGAGCCUCUUGGGCCUGCCGAUCAGAAGGUCGGAGGUUCAAAUCCCUGCGAUGGGGUGAACUCCCGUUGCUCAGUCCCAGCUCCUGCCAACCUAGCAGUUUGAAAGCAUGCCAGUGCAAGUAGAUAAAUAGAUACCACUACGGCGGGAAGAUAAACGGCGUUUCCAUGCACUCUGGCUUCCAUCAUGGUGUUCCGUUGUGUAAUGGACUUAGGGGUUGCUCGUGCGUAAGUUGCCGCCACUCCUGGUGAGGUUACCUGGUUAGACCCUUUCUGACUGAACAGCCUCCAGCAUCGUGACUGUCUCAGUCGCUGGCAGAAUCCGUCAGUGGGCGUUUCUUAAACUUCUUCCAGCACAAAAGUUCCUUGACGCCUAGUCUCCGCCUAGACUCCCUGCGCGGAAGCCUUCUGCGCAGGGAGGGUGUGGGCAGCGGAGGACCUGUACUCUCUCCGCUGGUCUCUGGCGAGGAGUCUUGGAGCCUCCUCUCCGAUUCCCCCAUCUGCCCCCCGUCUCUACUGGUGUUACGCUGAUUUCCUUCCCCAGCGGACGGGCUGCCUCUCUCCCUACUGGGACCCUCUCCGCCAUCCCUCUGGAGCCUUCCCUCCACCUCUAGCUCUGAUGGCAGUUCCCUGACACGUUGCAACAGAAGCGGUUUAGUCCUGCUGGCCACAUGGCCCAGAAAGCUGUCUGUGGACAAACGCUGGCUCCCUCAGCCUGAAAGCAAGAUGAGCGCCACAACCCCAUAGUUGCCUUUGACUGGACUGAACCGUCCAGGGGUCCUUUAUCUUUUUGUUUACCUUUUGUCUACAAUGACUGGCAGUAGCUCUCUAGGAGAAAUAGGAAUGCUCUUCCACAUCCACUCCUUUAUAAAUACCAUAUUUUUUGCUCUAUAAGACUCACUUUUUCCCUCCUAAAAAGUAAGGGGAAAUAUGUGUGCGUCUUAUGGAGCGAAUGCAGGCUGCACAGCUAUCACAGAAGCCAGAACAGCAAGAGGGAUUGCUGUUUUCAUUGUGCAGCGAUCCCUCUUGCUGUUCUGGCUUCUGAGAUUCAGAAUAUUUUUUUUUCUUGUUUUCCUCCUCCAAAAACUAGGUGCGUCUUGUGGUCUGGUGCGUCUUAUAGAGCGAAAAAUACGGUAUAUGUUGCUUGUAGUCUGACACCAACCAUUUGUUCUGCAGGUGAAUAUGGGCACUGUACCCCAUCAUGUGCAGCCCACUGUUGCUUGUGAAGAUCUGCAGGGUGGGGCACCAAUCCAGGGAUGGGCAACCUUUGCAUCGCCCAAGUUGUUGCUGGACUCAUCAGCCUUGACCAUUGGCUGUGCUGACUGGGAUUGAUGCAAGCUGGAGUCCAGCAACAUCUGGAGAGCCAUAGCUUCCUCAUCCCUGAGUUAUUACAAAUAAGGGGAGUGUGUGUAUAUGUAUGCAUGAUGACAAAUCUCUCCCCACCCCCACCCUCUUAAUGCAUGUAUUAAAUCACUGAGUCAUAAAGAUCCCUUCUCCUUAAACACUGACAAUCAGCUCAAGGAAUUGGGGGGGGGGGCAAGUCUCACGUUUCACUUUUUAAGAAGGGAAUAGCUCAGUUAAAGAAACCAUUUCCCUUCCCCUCCACAACACCUCCCCCCCCCAUCUUCUCUUAAUGUGAUAAUCCCUUGGGGAUUACAUCAGCAGAAAUGACUAAGCAUAGAGGCAGGAAACGAGAGCCAAUGUGGUGAUGUGAUUCCUCCGGGGAGAACAGCCCAUGAAACAAGAAAGCAUUGUUCUUUCUCACUCUCAGUAAAAAUAAAAAAAUGAAAAAUGAAAUCAGGGGCCAAUGGUGCUCCCAUUAAAAUCUGGAUCAGAGGAGAGCAGGCUUUCCCCUUGAACAGUCAGCAUUCGUUUUCAGGCAGACUCUCCAUGGCCCAUUAGCAGGUUUCACAUUUUACACAGCAAGAGUGCAUCAAGAGAGGACUUUGGGGCAAAAGCCUGGGAGCCCCGCCCCCCAGCACAAUGAGCUGCUGAGGGGUGGGGGACAACCACGACAGAGCUGGCUCAGCCCACACAUGGUCAUCUUAAGAGGUAGGUGUUGGGGACAAGAUCAUUAUGACCAGAGUUUAAGGUCGUGUGCACAUUGCUGCUUACCCUGACUCCAGCAUGCUCCCACUGCUAGGGGCAAGUGGUGUUAGCCACAAUCCAUAGGUAUCCCGUAGGUUUCUGAGAAAUACUCCUGUUUGAUGCACUUUCCUACAAACCAGCUUCCAUCUGAUUUGAAAGCAGAAGCUGCCGUUAAGUUGAGGUGUGUAAUUUCAGGCAGCCGUUGCGAAUGCUCAUAUGACAGCUUCAGGGAAUGGGGAAACACAUCAGGGAACGGGCAACAGAAUGUGACUUGAAACACUGCAAAGCAAAACCUCACAAACCACUGGUAUGAACAUAGCCUAGAGUCACCACUGGGAUGUCUUCACACUGAUGGCAAAAACUGCAGGACCCUCCAUUGUGCACCUCUGAAGGCAUUUCCAGGUGACAUGCUCAUCGAGCAUUCAACCUAAGGUUAAAUGAUGUUGUCUAUUUAACGAACAUUCACUUCGAUUUGUUUGCGGGGCAGUCAGAUGACAUCUCAAAGCAAGUGUUAUCCCACACAUUUCAGCGGAUUUUCCCCAUCACUUUCCUUACAGCAAAAAGCCCAGUGCUUUUGAGCGAGUGGGAGAGAGAAAUGUUUUUUUCCCCCAAGAGCAUCCAAUCAGCUUCAGUUGCAUGGCCUGGAUUCAUUUGGUUGAAAAUAACCAUGGUCUGGAAGCACCCAAUAUCAGUAAAUCUCCUAUGAAUAUAGGGCUGGGCCAAAAUGGCCUCCUCAAUGUGGUGGCCCCCUUUGCAGACUGAGACAUUGGGUGGGGGGAUUUUCAGGGGUAAUAACAACAAUAUUCAAGGCAGGAAGGGGAAAUUUCUCACGAGCUUUUAUUGCUUCAGUCAGUGAAUGGCAGUCAUCUCCCCAUCCCUACCUUCCCAAAUUCCCAUGUUUUGAGGGUCAUGCUCAGGGUUGGCAUCAGUGAGAGGCCACAAUCCAAUGUCCACAAUCUUGCAGGGCGUCCUGCCAACCCUUGGAGCCUGCUGGUUGGGCUGCUGCUCUUAACUUGAUGUCAUUGCCUGUUCGCUUGAGGCUUGUUCACGCAUUACACCAAACACGGGUCAACGCCAUCCAUGUGUUUUUGUGGAAGUUUAAACAGAAAUAUAGUAGAUCUCACCUUACCAGGAAGAAGGCUUUGUCCAGGCGGACUAGGUGGCUUGCUCAACCCACUAUGCAGGUGAUAAGGCCUUUGAGGUCCCCACUUGCCCUUCUUGUGGUUCCUUCUCUUCAAGCCACACAUGGGCAGAGAGAGUCCUUGGGACAGAGGACUCCUUCAAAAAGGGGCCUGUCAUCUGAUAAUCCUCUAACCUUAGAGAGAACGGUGACAGUAGGACCCGUGGCCACCCUGAGCUUACAGGGGGCAAAAUCACCGCAGAUGCUCUGGAUGGGGCCAGCCUAGCGAAAUGAAAACACUUGAUUUAAUCAACUCCAGAAGAACAGCCAAGUGGUCUUGGACAAGGUACGUUUUUUAUUUGCCAACACACACAAAAUAAACUAAAACAGGGUCAGGCUUAGACAGGCAGGCUCUUUAGCUAAAAAUGAAAGCUGUCUUCUGCUUUGAAAUUUUUUAUAAGUCCAUCUUUGGCUGGUUACUCUUGCACAGGGGUAGGCAACCUAAGGCCCAUGGGCCACAAGCUGCCCACGGGGGUCAUUUAACCGGCCCACAAGCUGUCCCCUGAACCAAGCCGCCCGCUUGGCAAGUCCCUGAACGCUGCACUAAACUGGCACAGCGUGGUGCGGGGACUCACUUCCGCGGUGCCAGAAUUCGCGACUGCGCAGACGCAGAUGCCGGAAAUUGUGUGCACGUGCGCUCAUGCACACGCACGAUCUGGCCCAUGGAGUGAACUGGCCCAGGCGAAGUAAACCUUGCCAAUCCCUGCUCUUGCACUUAUAUCACCACAGCUAACUAACUCCUGCCUCUCUCAACAGGCCUCCCUGACCUUGUUCCCGACCCAAACUAUGUCCAAGCUUCCACUUACGUCCAAAGGGCUCAUCUCUACUCCCUGCGUUGUGCUGCUGAAGAGAAAUGUCUUGCAAGGUAAUGUCCCUUCCUUCAGAACAGUCCUGUCGUGGCUGCCUUUAUUCCGCAACCCCCCACCCCUGAAACAACUUUCUGCUGUGUGGUUCAUCUGUCUCAUUGUUCAUAAUCAGAUCUGCCAUUUUAGGUUGCCGCUGGGAACAUCCUUGCUAUGCCUCUUUGAGCUCAUUUGGGGGGGGGGCCCUUCCCGAAUGGGCUCACUUUUUCACCACUAAUGUAGGAACACAGGAAACCAUCUCAUACCAAGUCAGACAUCCCUCUGGCUCAAUAUAGCCUAGGCUAUCUGGCAGUAGCUCUCCAUGAUUUCAGGCAGGGCUAUCUCCCAACCCUACUUGGAAAUGACAGUUCCUUACAUCCACACUUAACUUUGCUCUCCAUUUCUGGGCACAGGUCUGGGCUUUCCAGAUCUGUGUUGGAGAACUUCUUUUUUUUCUUCUUUUCUUUUUUCCCUUCAUUUUGCCCCACCGCUUUCUCUGCAAAAACCCACUCUUUACAGCUAAACCGGAGCUAACGGCAAUACGUAGAAAACCCAAAUGCUGUUUGCUCUGAUUCAGGGGUAAAGAGUGGGUUUUCCUGGGGAAAGCAGUGCGGGGGGUGGGAGGGACUCAAAGUGCUCAGACAUGGACUAGGAAAGCACAGAGCUGCCCCUGGAAAGUGUGGGGCAAAAUGUAAGUGUGGAUAAACCCUAAAUGCAGACAUGUCUUGAAACCUACCUGCCUCUAGGCUGUAAGGUAGUGUUAGGAUAAAUGUGAUGAUACAUUUAAGGACAUUUUCACUAUCUAGUUUAGGAGGUAGACCCAAGCAGGACGCAGAAGGAGAAAGUAGCUUAGGGAGAAAAGAUGUGUUCUACAUGGUUCUUUCAUCAGACUAUUUCUUACUCAACUCCUCAUUAAACAGAGUAUAUUACAGAUAGCAACCAACUGACUAGGAACCAAUGGAUCUCUUCUUCUCUCGACACCUGCCCUUGUUUCAUCUGUCAGAUGUUUGGGGAAAUACUAUAUUGAUGAAGCAAUGUUUCACGACAGCGAUAUCAUGACUUGCGGACCACAGACUAGCAAACCAGCAAUUAGUUUUUAAUGUUUCUCUGGGUCUUUUCGAUCGCCAGUCCAAGGCGACUAACCGUCCAGAGGAUCACUGAAAAGAAACGAGAAGAGCAUUUUGAUGGAAGAUGCCUUCAUGCACAGGUACAGCCUGCCAAUAAGGUCUGUGCUGUGUGCAUAAGUAUGGGGAGUUUGCUCCACAGCUGCAGAAGAUGGCACUGAGCUUGAAUGACCUUGGCGAAGGGGCCAAGCUCAGUGGUAGAACAUCUGCCUUGCUUGCAGAAGAACCCCUGAUACAAUCCCUGGUAUCUCCAGGCAGGUCUUGAAGGAAACCCAGCCUGAAACCCGGGAGACCCACUGCCCAUCUGUGUAUAAAAUACUGAGCUACAUAGACCAAGGGUCUGACUUAGUAUAAAACAGCUGUCUUUGUUCCUAAGCCAGCCUGGGAUCUGGAUGUUCAAUUUAUUCAACAGCAUGUCUCCAGCAUUUGUGGUUACAGAGAAAUUUCGAAACAUCUUCGUGUUGUUGUUUUCUCAUUUCCUCAAUUCCCUCUCUAUCACCCUUUCCUUUCCAAAAAGGUAAUAUUAUAUGAAUCAAUUAUUCCUUAUGGUCAUCGACCAAUAAAAUUAAACGCACAUUUAAAAUCAUACAACUAGAUAUAACAAUUAAAAGCUUAAUAUAGAUAAGUAUGCGUUUUUUAAAAGAAGACAACAAAAUAUAUCUCCUAAUCUGCACUGCAGAAUCUUCUUCUACUUCUUCCAACAUCUCUUAAUGAUAUGGAAGAAACAUCCCUUAGGUAAAACAAUACCAAAACCACAGAUCUUCCCAAUUCUUAACAGUGGGAGAAUCAACCUCUUUCUUCAUUCAAUAUACAAGUUAUAAUGCAAAAGGAAAUGAUAUCAAUAUUAACACCAAUUUCAAAUUAUUUUAACUUGAAUCGUAGAAGAUUCCAAGCACUUACAUGGGAGUAAGCAUCACUGAGGCCAAAGGGACUCACUCCCAAGUAAAUAUGCCUGGGAUCACAGCCUAGGUUGUAUGAUACUAAGCAAGACAUGCUAAUAGGUGUGAAGUACAGUCCUUCUAACAGCAAACCCAUGUGGCAAGUGCCAACAGCAAUGGGGCCCACCGAAGAACAAAGAAGGGGGGAAUUUUUGCGGAAAUACAAAAGCAUUUUUAAAAAUCCAAUGAUCACCCCAAAGCUGGGGGUGCUAUUUUAUGGCAUGUAAGUAAACACUGGGUGCACUUCAAAAGCUGGUAGUCCUUCUGCCUUUGCACCCAGGACUGAUCCUUUCCCAGAAAUCCUCUUACCUUGUCCUGCCACCUGCUUUAAUGUCCUUCCAGCACCGCCUACACCCCUGAAGCAACAGACUACGACGUCCGAGUUCUCCUGCGUUUCCCGCAAAGGGUGAAGAACCAGGGCACAGCAGACUUCCUGCCCAACCGGGCCCGCCACACCUGGGAGUGGCACAGCUGCCACCAGUAAGUAGGGGGUGCUAGUCAUGGGGCUCUCUGAAUGGGGCUGGGAAAGGGCUGGGUGAUAAACAGGGUUCCCUGUAUAAUCCCAUUGUUUGACGGGAUUUAAUAACAGUUUUUCAUUUAUUCAUUACACUUUUAUCUCACCGGUUCUCCAAGGAACUCAAGGUAGCACGGAUGAAUCUCUUCCCACCCCCACUUCCUAUUUUAUCUUCACAAUGACCCUUUGAGGAAGGCCCAAUGUCACCAGAAGUGAGCCCAGUGGGAAUUUGAACCCCAAACUUCCAGAUCCUGGUCCGACACUCUAAAACCACCACCCUAAGACCCAGGUCCCUUCCUUGCUAAUUUUAUUAAUAUAUUAUUAAUAAUAACAGUUGCAUUUUUUUUACUCAAUAAGCAACUUCUGAGCCCAAGUCAUCUGCAGAUUUUUUGAGAAGCAGCUUGACAAAAUACCAUAUUUUUCGCUCCAUAGGGCGCACCGGACCAUAGGGCACACCUAGUUUUUAGACGGGGAAAUCAAUAAAAAAAAUAUUUCCCCCCCCCAGCCCCAAAGAGCAGCGUACAGGCUACGCACAACCUCUCCCUGCCGGAGGGGUUGUGCAUGGCUAUGGCACAAGCCAAGGCAGCCAGCGGGAUGGAUCCCGCUGGCUGCUUUGGCUUCCUCUUUAGCCCCAUGCAACCUCUCCCUCCCGGGAGAAGCUGCGCAGGGCUAAAGAAGCCAUAGCCCCGUGCAGCCUCUCCCUGCAGGAGGGGUUGCGCGCGGCUAUGGCACAAGCCUGCAUUCGCUCCAUAGGACGCACACACAUUUCCCCUCAAUUUUUGGAGGGGAAAAACUGCGUCCAGUAGAGGGAAAAAUACGGUACCUUCUGAUGGACUACAUUGGCUGACUACAAAUCACAGGCUUAUCUGGCUGGUGGGAUAAGCUGCAGGCAGCAAUUUUAAAUUCCCCACAGUGCCCUGGAGGGGGAAAUUUUAGAAGGCAGUCCUCAGAGGGGCGUGUGUCCUGCUUUACAGAGCACAAUCCUCUCGGUGUCCUCGUGUCCUCAUCCUGUUUGUCUUGUUGCUCCACAUGCUUGAAAUCCUUGUAUCGAAUCAUAGAAUCCUAGAGUUGGAAGGGACCGAAGCAUCAUCUAGUCCAACCCCCUCCAAUGCAGGAAUCACUGCUAAAGCAUCCAUGACAGAUGGCCACCCAACCUCUGCUUAAAAACCUCCAAGGAAGGAAAGUCCACAACCUCCCAAGGGAGUCCGUUCCACUGUCAAAUAGUUCUUACUGUCAGAAAGUUCCUCCUGGUGUUUAAAACUCUCUUGAAAACUUUUUUUUUCUCCUGAGGCCGUGGGUCUGAAUAGCUAAUUUUAUUACCCCUGAUGUAACGGCUUGUGAAUUGUACAUUUUAAACUUUUGAUUUUCACUGCAUCAAUUAUUUGUUGUUUUAGAUUGUGUGCCCUUUGGGGUAGAAUAUUUUUAUUACUUAUUCCUUCAUUUUUAAAUUUGGGAAAAACUAUGUACAUUGAUGGCACUAUAUAAAUGAGUAUGAGGAUAAUAAUAAUAAUAAUAAUAAUAAUAAUAAUAAUAAUAAUAAUUUGAAGUCCUGUCAGAGGAAAGUCCUCUGUUUGAAAGUGUCCUCUGUUUGAAAUGCUGUCCGGUCCAAGUCCAGUUAAAGGAUUUCUCCGACUAUGGGAAUAAAUAUAUUGCAAUUCUAUUAAAAUUACAGCCAUUGUUCCCAAAUUUGCAUGAAUACAUAAAAAAUAGCAUUUAGGUUUUCCCCUUUGGUGAUUUAUUAGCGACCACCCAAGACAACUUGCAGACAUGACAGCUCAGCACAGCUGCCCAAUAAUAGGGAUGUAACAAGACAGCAAAUUUCGCCCCUACCUACAUUCGUCACAAUCAACGCUGUUUCCAUUUCGCUGCAGUUUGGCUUCCGCCAAAAACUGUUAUCCACCUCCCUGUCCACUAUUUAACAUAAGGUACCCAAGUUAAAUAACUUACAUGACUAUUUACAUAAAAUGCAUUCAUUUAUGUGUAAAGGGAACACCAAAAUAUGGAAAUAAAAGAAGUCUGUGGACUUAAAAACAUCACAUCGUGAAUGAAUACAGAUCGCAUUCCCUUAGGUGAUUUCUGUACCGGACCAGCAGCAAACUUGUGAACUGGAGCAAUUUCCACUUCCUUUCCCAUUUUCACUGGGAUUCUUUGACAUCCCUACUCAAGAGUGGCAGGUACUUAUGCCAGGCCUGUUCUUGGGGCUUUGGUAAUGUAGAAUAGUAACAUGAAGAGGUGGCUCAUAUAAUGAUCUCUAGCAUUAGAGCAGAUAUGGGAAAACUUUCGCCCUCCGGUUGUCGCUAAAUCCAGGGCUGGAUUUAGGUUUGCUGAGGCCCUAAGCUACUGAAGGUAAUGGGGCCCUUUAUAUGUCCAGCUGUCCUUUGUCAACAACAACUUGUUGACAAACCAGUGAUAUUUUAGGGAGCAGGCUAGCAGGUGGGGCUCAUGACUUACAUCAUAGGAGCCUACACAACACAAAACACUGCUGCAGUAUGUAGGUUUUAUUUGUUUUUUAUCUUAUAUUUUGGAAAUGUACAUCCAGUGGGUUUUUUUUCCUUUAAUUUUUUUUGGGGCCCCCAAGAGAGUGGGGCCCUAAGCUAUAGCUUGUUUAGUUUAUAUGUAAAUCCGGCACUGUGCAGAUCUGUGUGUGUAUCCUCCUGCUACCAUCCUCAGGCAUUACCACAGCAUGGAUGAAUUCAGCCACUAUGACCUGCUAGAUGCUGCCACGGGCAAGAAAGUGGCAGAGGGCCACAAAGCAAGCUUUUGCCUGGAAGACACAACCUGUGACUUCGGGAACUUAAAGCGCUAUGCCUGUACAUCGCACACCCAGGUGAGGACUGGGAGAGGGAGGUCCUCUGCCUCGGGACAGGUCUUCUGCCAGCUGUUGGUCACAAAACAAUUUAACCCCUGUGUUGCAAACAAUAGUCAGUAAUAUCCAAGGCAACACGAUGGCCAAAUACAAUGAUACAAUAUCAAUGCACACUCUUUAUAUAAUAUGAAAUAUAUGAAAUCACAUAAACAGAAAACUUAUGAAUCUCUGAAAGUCACAAAAUAUGCACUCUUAAUGGAUUCUCUUGAAAACAUAAAACCAGAUAAACAUAAGUCUUAUACGUCUCUGAAAGUCUUUGAAGACUAUGCAAGUCUCUGAAAGAAGCAAUGUAUCAGAUUCUUAUCUGGUGAAAACAAUCUGUAAAGCUUUGUUUAUGGCGUUCAACACUGCCAAAGUAGUUUGCAAACAGACGUUGUGAACAGUGAUUCUGGAUAUACCCACCGUUUCGUGGAAUUCUUCUUCAGCACAGCGUAAGGACACAGAAAUGCUUCAUAAACCCAUCUAUAUGGUGAAUGGAAAAGUAGAACAACAAUUGCUAUGGAGCAGUGUAUAUUGAUAUCGUAUCAUUGUAUUUGGUAACUGUGUUGCCUUGCAUAUUACUGAAUUGUUGGUCACGGGCAUGCAAGUAGUGAUGCCAAGGCCUCAUGCUUAAGACUAAAGCAGACAUGUUGGAAAGUCCCAGGUUCAGCUCCUGGCAGUUGCUCAGGUAGGUCUGAGGGGGAAAUCCUGAAUAAAAACCUGGCCAGCCACUGCAGACCAGGGAUGGGGAACAAGAUCCUGCCAGGAGGCUGAUUCCUGAUAUUCCCAUCCACCAAACACCACCGGGAUGGAAGAGUGAUGCCAUCCAUGUGUCAGUUGCCUGACUUUACCAUGGCAUCAGGUAGACCGUUUGCCUUUGCAAACUGGUUUUUCAAACCACACAGGCAAAAGACACAUCGAGCAAAACACUUCCUUUGUGUGCGCAGUUCAAAGUUAAACCCCACAGGCUAAGGAAACAGGACUGGCAAUCAUUGCCAAUCAGUUGAUUGAUGGAUGCCAGUCUUGCUUUCAGCAGGCAUCAACCUGGGGAGGUCCUAAGUGGACCCCAUCCCUGUUUGAGCUUAAUAAUAAUAAUAAUAAAGCAAUAAAAUAUCAAACAUAAAAAACUUCCCUAAUCAGAGCUGACUUCAAAUGUUUUCUAAAAGUCAGAUAGUUGUUUAUUUCCUUGACAUCUGACAGGAGGGCGUUCCACAGGGCAGGCCCCACUACCAAGAAGGCCCUUUGCCUGGUUCCCUGUAGCUUUGCUUCUCGCAGUGAGGGAACCACCAGAAGGCCCUCAGAGAUGGAUUUCAGUGUCCAGGCUGAACAAUGGGGGUGGAGAUGCUCCUUCAGGUAUCCUGGGCCGAGGCCGUUGAGGGCUUUAAAGGUCAGCACCAACACUUUGAAUUGUGCUCGGAAAUGUACUGGGAGCCAGUGAAGAUCCUUCAGGACCGAUGUUAUAUGGUCUCGGCGGCCACCCCCAGUCACCAGUCUAGCUGCCAUAUUCUGGAUUAGUUGCAGUUUCCAAGUCUCCUUCAAAGGUAGCCCCACAUAGAACGCAUGGCAGUAGUCCAAUCAGGAGAUAACCAGAGCAUGUACCACUCUGGCUUAGUGUUUGGCGCCAAAUUAAAGUUAUGUUUUCUGCGUUAGGGUUUGAGCCCGGGUUGUUAUGACACUUACAAUGCUGACAUCGACUGCCAGUGGAUUGAUAUCACAGAUGUUCAGCCUGGGAAUUAUAUCCUAAAGGUAAGUCGUCCUCUUCAUUGUCUUUCUAAAUCUGUCAGGACAAAACUGAGCUGGCCAUAAAAUGAAAAGCAAUUUCUGUGUUCUGCUGUGCCAAGUAAUAUUCGUAGAAGAGAUUCUGCUUUUUGGCUGGCAUUUUGGAUGUUUCAUAGCCAAAACACUUACCUCCAAAUUUGCCAUCUAUCAGUUUCCAUUCUAAAGGAGAGAAAAUUUCACAGAUUGGGAGGAAAUUUGAACAUUUUUAAGUUUCUUUUUUAGAAUUUUAUUGAGCAACGAAAACAGACAAUACACACAAAGAAAAGAAAACCAAGAACAAAAUAAUCGGACUUUGAAAGUCAUCUAAUCUCCCUUGCUGUAUUAAGGGAGAUUAGAUGACUUUCAAAGUCCGAUUUCAAAGUCCGAUUAAUUAGUGUUUUUAUGAAGCAGUCAAGUAAUUUCGUUGUCCCCGAAGGGAGCAAUGACAAUAAAGAUAUUAUUAUUAUUAUUAUUAUUAUUAUUAUUAUUAUUAUUAUUAAUAAAACUAAAAGGGGAAAAAACCAGGAGCAAUUAAAAUGGAUACGGUUAUUACAUUAUAAAUUGGGUAUAAAGCAGAGCUAUGUAAGAGGCAGAGACAGAAAAAAAGAAAAUCAGAAGGUCUUCCUGUUUACAGACGUUGCCAGAUAAAAUAACAUUUCUAAGGGAUUUGACUAUGCAGAUGAAUGAUGGCUAUACAAUACACCCAGUUCUUCAUCCUGGAGUCUGACUUGUUCUUUCUGCUUUGUUGCCGCAGGUUCAGGUGAACCCCAAAUAUAUUGUGAUGGAGUCGGACUUCACCAACAAUGUGGUGAGAUGCAAUGUUCACUACACCGGGCGCUACGUCGCCACUACAAACUGCAAAAUCUCCCAGUAAGAGUUCUGAGAAUCAUAGAGCUGGAAGGGACCCCAAGGGUAAUCUAGUCCAACCCCCUGCAAUGCAGGAAUCCUUUGCCCAUGACUUGAACCCACGACCCUGAGAUUAGGAGUCCAGUGUCAACUGACUGAGAAAUCCUAGAAUUUUAGAGCAGCGGUUCCCAACUAGGGGUCCAUGUAACCCACACAGGGGGUCUGCGGCACCAGUCACAUAACAAAAACUACCAUAGAGAUAUCAACAUUUUCAAAAGUAGAGAGUCCUUGGCUUGGCUUUGGAAAAACAGGGGGGCACAGUACUUAGAUAACUGGGACCCACUGUUUUAGAGACUAGAGGGGAUCUUGUAGGUCAUCUAGCCCAACUGCCUGCUUCAGUGCAAAAGUCCAAUAUCAUCUGGAGGUCCACAGCAGUGGUGUAGCGUGGGUUGUCAGUGCCUGGGGCAAGGCACUGCCCACCAAUAGGCUGCAAUGAAGGGGCAGAAGUGUAGCGACCUACCUGAGUGACAACCACAGCAUCCCAUGAGCACUGAGCAGGGCGGAGAGCAGGACAGGGGAUUGGUCGGGAGCCGGCAUCUUUUCAAAGCCCAUGCAAAAGGUGCCAUAGCAACCAGACGCUGCCCAAACAUGCUUCUCAGUCUACCUGUGCAAACAUUGGGAGAUUUUUUUGUGUGAAGAUGAGGACACACUAUUUUAAAUUUGUUCUUGCUACAUUGCUUGGCUUUGCUUUGCUUUUGACAUUUUGCACCCCAAAGAAUUUUGCGCCCAGUGCAACCACCCCUGUGGCCCCACACUACACCACUGGUUCACGACAUCUUCAUCCCUGAAUGGCAGCAUCCCUGGCAGAAGGCCACCCAGCCUCUGCUUAAGCACCUCCCAAAGCAGGUCUCUUCCACUGUCAGAACAGCUCUCACAGAGUUCCCUGGGAAGAGGGACUGACAGUUAAAUCAGUCUGAGAAUUGUAGCUCUGUGAGGGGAACAGUGGGGUGGUCUCUCACCACUCUUGACAAACUGCGGUCCCCAGGAUUCUCUGGAGGAAGCCAUGGCUGCAUAAAGUGGCACAAUACUUUUUAGAAUGUAUGGCUCAAAUAGGGCCCAAGUCUCUAUGUCCCUGCAGAUGCUCAGAACAAGAGGAGCUAGUGGCAAUCGAAGUCCCCACCUCCGAUCAUUUCACUCAUGACCACUAGCUGCAGCUCCCAUCUUUCCUUGGGCCUCCUCAGCCCAGCCCAGCCUCUCUGCAUGUUUUGGUUCCUGAGGCUGACCAGAGUCAGCUUUUUCAUGCUUCUAAAGCCUUUUCAUGCUCCUAACCACAUUCGCUGGACCGCCAGUAUAAACAGGAGCCUUCCCAGAACUGCACUGCAAUGCUUGUUGAUUUUGACAAAGGAACUGAGAGGGGAAAGGAAGAGGAAGGGAGUGUUUUCCCCUAAAAUUAUGUAGUUGUGUUGCUGCUCUUUUUUAUUUAAAAAAAACCUCAUAAAAAUGCAUUCCUAGCUUUGAAUUCUCAUAAAAUGUGCAUUUCUAGUGUUUUGCUCCAACUUGGGUUUUGAAUGGAAAAGCAGGAAGACGCCCAUGGUGGAUUGGGAUUGGACCUGGGGAUAUGGUGGUGCUCGGAUCAGAGUUCCCUGAGCAGCCACAAUCCUGGAUUUGCAGGGGUGCUGAUUCUGGCUCCCUAAAUGUUAAGGAAGGAAGAUGAAUGGGAGUGGAUCCACACUAAACCCUGCUGCAAACCAUGUCAAACUGGCAGAGUAUUUAAAACUGGACCUUUCGUGGGGUCAUUUGGAACAUUGACUUCUCCUGUUGAAGCUAAGCUGCUUUAAGAAUUUAAAACCAGUGUGGCAUUGGGAGGCAUGCCAUGCCUUAGACCAGCGGUUCUCAACCUGUAGGUCCCCAGAUGUUGUUGGACUACAACUCCCAUCAUCUCUGAGCCUUGCUAGCUAGGGGUGAUGGGAGUUGUAGUUCAACAACAUCUGGGGACCUACAGGUUGAGAAAGGCUGCCUUAGACUGUAAUCGAGAGGUGUGAUGAAGGCAUGCACAGAUGGGAGCAUCCAUUGGCUUACACAUACACCUGCGCAACACUGUAUUCAACCGUUUUCGCUUCAGCCAUGCGCCCUCUGCUGAACUGCUGCCAACUGUAUCAACUCCCCUGAGAGCCAGUGGGUUGUAAGCAAUGUAGUGCUGAGUUAAAGUCACUCAGAGGUCUACUUCAUCCCAUUGCUUUAAUGUGGAACAUUAAUGCGCAAGGGGAUGCGCAUGCAGGUUGCUGGUAGCUUUGUGGCACAAUAGCAGCAGGUUCCUGCUAGCACAACUUUUGUGUUGGAUUCCUCUGUUGCACAACAUAAAAAAACUCAUUGUUCCACUCAUGCAAGACCCCACUUAAUCCCCAUACCAUAGGAAUAUAGUUUAAAAGUGCAUGAGUGUCAGGGACUGGGCAGGGGAGAAAUGAUGGAGACCACCUCCUCAGCCUGACCCUUCCAGUCGUUAACAGACAUCAACAGGUUUACCAUACCCAUUGAGUCAAUCAUCCAUCUCCUACUACCCUUCUGAGAAAAACCCCACCCCAGCCUCCCACUAUAUAUAAAGGUCUGGUGACUUCUUUUUCACUGUAUCUGAAGAAGUGUGCAUGCACACGAAAGCUUAUACCCAGAACAAACUUAGUUGGUCUCUAAGGGGCUACUGGACAAUUUUUUAAUUUUUUAUUUAUUUCGUGCUUCCAGAGAAGAAGACGACAGUUCAUAAUUACAACAGGGGUUUGAGGAAGGUCACAGCUCAGAGGCAGAUAAGGGGAAAGCUGGGAAAUAAUGGGAGAGGAGGAAGAAGCAGCACCAGAGGGGGGACAGCUGAUGGACACAGUGUCUUUAGAAAGCAUUCCAGACCCCCACCUCUCCCAGAACCCAGCAGGCAUUUAUGGUAGGAGAGCAGAGAGCUCAGAGGCAGAGGGCACAUCUCAGCACCCGUAGUGAUGAUGCAUAGUGGAAGUGAGAGAGGGUGUCAGUGUUUGUAAAAAAAGGGGGGGUUCUGACCUCCCUUUUUUGCCUCUCCUGGUCCUCGGACCCUUGUCGGCAUAAAAGAGUCCACGAGAAGAGUAUCCUUUCUGCUUUUAUUCUUAAAAGUCUUUCUGCAAAAGCGACUGACCAACUGUACACAUCAACACUACCAGCUUUCACUAACCAACCAACCAACCAACCCAACAACAAACUAACAUUUCUCACUUUAUAUAUAUAUACAACCCGGUGCAGGCCGCUGUCUCAUGCUGACCCAGCAUUUUAAGCAUUAAAGAAACAGCGGCCAAUUUCUAGCCGUGACAGAGGGGAGGUGGAGACUCACUUGAAGCAUGUCAUCACUCCAAGAGGCUGCAUUUAUAAGCCUCUCUCUGUGAAUAUUGAAUAAAAAGCAUUGGUAAGCCAGAUGGGCGGGGUAUAGAUAAAUUAUUGUUGUUGUUGUUGUUAUCUGUUCCUGGCAACCUACCAUGGGGGUUUGACUCUGACACCUGACAAUGAGCAUCCACAAACAUCAAGGGAGUUGCCAGUACAAAACUGAUGUGCAAUUGCUGUCCGUAGCCUUAGACCUUUCUCCCUCACUGUUCCUUUUACAGGUCUUGAUUCCAACCAGGGUGGUAGAAUGGUAGAGGCCUCACUCUUCCCCUGUCCCCAGACCCUGCAAAAUCCAAACAUCUCUCAAGCUGGUAGCACACCCAGAGGAAACGGCUUGACCGCCACCAGCAUCUGCGUGAGAGGACAACCGUUCGACUGCUUCGUUUUGAGAACACAAGUUAAAGAGUUGUCACUUUAAAUACUUUUAUAAAUACUUUUGUCUUUAAUCUCUGUGUCUGUUUUGCGCGAAGGUCAUCAGUCAUUUGGAGUGGGGGCAUGUGAUAUGUGUUAAUGGGACACAAUAGUCCGCUAUUCAUUGAAUAUCUUCUAUCCCAGAGCAGGGAACAAAGCAAUAAGAUAAACAGAGGGGAAAUGGUAUAUGAAAAUUACAAAAUUAUAUAAGUAGGUCCAAUAAACAACAAAACUUAACAAUCCUGCCAUGGUAAGCAAGCAAAACUACAAGCAGCCACCAUAAGUAGCAAUAAUGUUGGACCUGGGCAGCGUGGGCCCCUGUAAAUUAAUGGGCCCUUUAUCUUCUACUGUAGCUUUGCUCUCUUUCAAGCAGAGAAGAAGCACUCCAACUGUGCUGGUCCCGGGGGGUUACCGUGCAGCGUGGUCCGUGUCCAGUCCAAGGUCAAGGGUGUGGUAUGGAGGUUGUCCGUCAAGGCUGAAGCAGGAUCCAAGACAAGGAGUCGGGUGUGGUCAGGAACUCUGGCAGAAGAGCAGGACAGGGUGCCAACAGGAACAGGUUACCAACAAUGUUGCUCCCACAACCUGGGUCUGGGGCUGGCUGGCUUUUAUCUGCCCUGAGGCAUAGGGCAGCCCUGGUCCACAGGUAACUCGCCUCUCCUGGCCUGGAGGCAAGCACUCCUCCUGCAGGAACUUAGUCCCCUCUGCCUCUCUGCCCUGAGCCUCUGCAGCUCAGGAGAGGCUGGAGGGUUACCGGACCCAGAGGCAACCUCAUCUUCACCUGACGGGGCUGAGAGUGGAGCACCUGCAGGCAAUGGGUCCUCGAUCACCUCAGGAGCCAGAGCGGAUUCAGCUGGUGUCUGCUCCUGAGGAUCCGGCACAUGUGGGGGCCCUUCAGGUUCAAGCCCCAGCCCUGGCUCAGCUGGUCCUGGAGGUGGGGACUCCUGUGCAGGCUGGGAUUCUUCAGGUUCAGCCUCUGAAUCCAAUUCCCAGGCCAUCACACCAACACUCAAUUCAACUUAGCAGUGUUCAUAGUUGAUUCUAAAGCACAGUCAUCUUGCUUCACAUAAAAUGGAGUCUCUCCUUCAUGUUAAGUCUUUAGGAUAUAUGGUUUUAUUUCCACAUGCAAUCAAACCUUGGUUCCUGAACAGCUCCAUUUUGGAACAUUUCGGCUCCCGAACACCGAAAACCC